CAUACUGUAUACAGAUAUUAGCUUUGUCAAUAAAAUAUAGACACAAUGCAUGAUAAGCGCGACAAAGUUUAAAUUUACCGAGUGCCUAUAUUCAUCACUGUCACAGAAUUGAACGCUGACUUUGUGGUCACAAUGACAGUGGAGACGAAAAGCAAAAAUCAUGAAUACGAAGAAAAACCUCUCCAAGAGAAACAUGAAACUAAAUGUGACUAUGCUAACAAAUCUUUCUUUGGGAAGAUCCGAUGUGCGUUUUCGAACAUAACAGUGGAGCCAAUUCUAGCAGGCAUUGUCAUCCCGUCUAUGCUGGCCAGACUUGCUAUUCAGAACCUCAACCUAGACAAAGCUUGUCGAGUGAAACUUCAACUGGGAGACGAAAUCUGUGACAACCUCAUACAACGGAAGGGCGAAAACUUAUCCUACUACGAAGCGGACGUCCAAAGGGUGAUCACCUCAAUAGAAUCAUGGAGAAGCAUCAUCUCUACUGGAAUACCAAUGAUCCUGGUCAUAUUCAUGGGAGCAUGGAGCGACAGAACUGGAAACAGAAAAUUGUGUAUUUUACUGCCGAUAUUCGGUGAAUUCAUGGUCAGUUUGUGCAACAUUCUCAGCACCAACUUCUUCUACGAAAUACCAGUGGAACUGACUAUGUUUUUGGAAGUGAUUUUUCCCGCCGUAACUGGUGGCUGGGUGUUGGUGCUUAUGGGAGUGUUCAGUUAUAUAAGCGACAUCACGACCGAUGAAACAAGAACUUUCCGAGUGGGAUUGGUUAAUUUGUGUUUGUCUGCUGGUAUACCGAUAGGUACCGCCGUCAGUGGAAUAUUGUUGAAGCUGCUGGGAUACUACGGUGUCUUCAUUAUUUCUACGUCUAUUUAUACGUUAGUUUUCAUGUACGGCUACUUUUACCUGAAGGACAGAACUAAACCAGGAGUAGAUGAUACCAAAGAGAUGGAACCUUUUAAAGUAUCAGAUGUGAUAAGUCUUACGAAAGAAACAGCGGAAGUAGCUUUCAAAGAAAGGAAAGGCAAUUUACGGAUGAAAGUUAUUUUGUCUCUAAUUGUGGUAUCCCUUAUUUAUGGACCUGAUCACGGUGAACGUAAUUUGACGUACAUGUUUGUGAGAUACAGACUGCAGUGGGAUGCGAUGAAGUACAGCAUGUACUCUACCUACGGCAUCGCGAUACAUUCAUUGAGUUGUCUGUUCUGCAUCAGCGUGUUCAGCCGGCGCUGGGGCCUGCACGACUCGAUGCUGUGCCUCAUCUCCGUGGCCAGCAAGUGCGCCGGCUCCAUCAUGAUCGCCUUCGUGCAGACCGACUUCCAGAUGUUCAUGGUCCCGCUUGUGGAAAUUCUGAAUUCGACGACUUUCACAUGUCUGCGAUCAAUGGCUUCCAAAUUGGUCGAAAAAGAAGAAAUGGGCAAGAUGAACUCGCUGUUCAGCCUGGUGGAGACUCUAGCGGCGCUGGUGUUCGACCCGGCGUACUCGGCGAUGUACUUCGCGACGCUGUCCGCGUUCACCGGCGCCGUGUUCCUGUUCAGCGCCUCCAUGACUGUGCCGGCCAUGCUGCUGCUCAUCUGGUUCUUCUGGCAACACCGGAAGGAAACAAGGCAGAAGAGACUAGAGCUUAUUGACGGCAAAGAAGACGCCAUUGAAGAAAUAAAGAAGGGGAGAAUACCACAGAUGGCGAAAAGUGUUUAGUUUGUUUAAGAUAUUUUUAUAUUGCUUUAGUGUAUUUUGAGGAAACGUGAAGAUGUAUAAUUGUGAUUAUUUACUUACUUUUUGUAAGGAAUUUUAAAUGUUUAUAGAUCACAUUGUUAACAGUUGAGAUAUGUGAUGAUGAUGAAUGGAGUAAGUAUGUUAUAUUAUCUUUUAUGUAAGUUAAUGUUUGACUGAUGACGAGAUUUUUGUAUAUGACGUGUAUUGAUUGUAUGAAAAUUAAAUAAAGUUUAAACAUAACACCGA